AUGAAUACGUCGGACGUUCCGUGUAAGAAAUUUUCCAUCGCUUUGAAUUCGGUAGCAUCAAAGCUGAUGUGCGAGCCAAAAGAUGAUAUUCCGGACGAGCUCUUCAAAGUGCAGCAUCGAAUUAUGGAAAAUCUGAACUGGGCCGGAAGGUCGGACGGGAUGUUGUACACUUUUGGCGUGAUGGGAAACUCUUCGGAGGCCAUCACGAAAAUAUGUGAAGCCAGGUAUGAGUUUCAAAUAAACGUGGAAUUUCCCUUUGAACUUAAACCCAUCAAGGAUGAGCUACGCCCUGGAUUUGUGAUGCUUCAAGCUGGGGAGCUGGUGGAACAUCCAGCCGUUGUCAACGGGUUUCUCCACCGGGAUGCCUUUAGUAGCUGGUUUUUCUCCAACAUAAGUAACGACGAGGAAAGAAUCCAGAACUUUUCAUUGAACAGUGACGAGUUCAAGAUGAGUUUCUCCCUGAUUAAUCUUCGCACGUCCUCGCAAUUGAUGUGUAAGCCCGUGUUGCAAUUCGACUUCUCCAAGUGGCCUCUACCAUAUCCGGAGGUUCCCGAGGGCGGUCUCAGUCUGCGCAACCAUCCCUGGUACGCCGUUCCCAGGGCGACUGUACCCUUGGACAAGCGGAGCUUCAUGGUCUGGGCCCCGGACUGGGAACGCUGCCUUAUGGAAUCGAAUUGCCAUGCGAACAAGGUGCUGCUUAUGAUGGGCGAAGUGCUUAAACAGCAGGAGAUCUUCCUCCCGAUCGAUGUGAUCAAGACGAUUAUAUUGCGGAACAUUAAGGUGCUGCCAUUCGACCUGGGCGACUGCUUCAUAGCGGUCCUGGAGGCCUUUGUCAAUCACUUGCAGGCGGGCAAAGUGUCGCGAUUCCUUGUGGACACCGUGGACAUGCUUCAAAUCGGAUCGAAUUACGAGGCCAAGAUUGAAAAGUACCAUCACAGCGCAUCCACUCUUUUGAACGCAUUGAAAGAUGUCAAGUCCCGAGCUCUGGCCGAUGAGAUCAAAACUGACGGGGAGAGCCAAUGCUCCUCCAAUCCCGAUGGCUGGAUUGAGGGCUUGAACAGUCUAUUCUAUCUUAAUGUCCCGGAUAUACAUAAAUUCAUAUGA